AUGGCUCCCUCGACAAAAGAGAUUUCGGUCUUCAUUCGGGAGGCGGCUCCUCAUUUAGAUGGGGAGUUGAGGGAUUAUGUCUUGGGGUAUUUUGACGAUCCCUCAAGCGAUCGAAGCCAGGAAGGUCUUCAAGACUUUCUGGAGCCGCUCCUAAGCGAAGCAGGGAGUUCAAAAGACGAGAUUGACGCGCUAUGUGAAAAACUGGCUGCUCUCACACCGUCAACAAAGCAGUCGCUCGCUCAUGGAGGUGUCGUAGCAUUGGAUGGGCCAGUCGUGAUGAACCAAACUGUAUCCACGACGCUGGAAUUUACACGGGCGAAUAUUGGGGACAUUCGACAUGGACACUCGACGAAUGGACCUAAAUCAUCCACGGUGGAUCAGAGAAAGUUACGGGCUGCUGAGAAAAAGUUGGCAGAAAAAAAGGCGGCGAGGGAUAAGGAGCGAACAGCGCUUUUGGCGGAGGAGAAGCAGUUGAAUUCGGCGCUGUCAAAGUCGACUACCACUCCAGAGGCUGCUGAAACAAUGACAAAACGGUUAAAGGAGGUGUACCAAAGGCUGGAAGAGAUUGACGCGGAUACCGCUGAAUCCAAGGCCUCAUCCAUUCUCAACGGUUUAGGAUUUUCGCCUGAACAGCAACGGGCGGCGACAAAAACGUUCAGCGGUGGUUGGAGGAUGCGUUUGGCGUUGGCGCGAGCUCUCUUUUGUAAGCCAGAUCUGUUGCUUGCCGAUGAAGUGACAAAUUAUCUCGAUUUUCCCGCUGUGGUGUGGUUGGAAAGAUACUUCCAAAAGUGGCAGGCAACGUUACUGAUUGUUUCCCACGAUCGAUCGUUCCUGGACGCGGUAUCAACGGAUAUCCUGCAUUUGCAUGAUGGUUUACUGGAUUAUUAUCGUGGAAAUUUCUCUACAUUUGUUGGGACCAAAGCUGAGAGGCGAAAGAACCAGUUGCGUGAAUACGAGGCGCAGUUACAGUAUCGACAGCAUUUGCAAGCGUUUAUUGACCGAUGGAGGUACAAUGCGAAGCGAGCAGCACAGGCUCAAUCAAAGAUUAAGAUUCUUGAAAAGCUACCACCGCUUGAACCACCACCAAAAGAUGAUAUGGAGGGAAUUUCUGGGGAAGGACAGGACAUUUACUUUCGGUUUCCUGAUCCAGAAAAGCUGUCUCCACCGAUUCUCCGAAUGGAAGAAGUCACAUUUGGUUACAACGAACAGCGAACUAUUCUCAGCGGCGUCUCAUUUGAUUUGCAAAUGGAUUCAAAGAUUGCUGUUGUCGGUCCGAAUGGAGCUGGUAAAUCCACUCUCAUUCGCCUCAUGACAGGGCAAGUGGAGCCACAAAAGGGUAUGGUGUCAAGACAUGGCCGACUACGAAUAGCCUUGUUUAGUCAACACCAUGUCGAUCAAUUGGAGCUUGGAGCGAGCAGUGUGCAAUUUUUACAGAGCAAAUUCCCUGGAAUGCAAGAAGAGGAUUACCGACGAGUACUGGGACGGUUUGGUUUGACGGGCACGACUGCGUUGCAACCUAUUGGGACCCUCAGUGGAGGUCAAAAGAGUCGAGCCGUUUUCGCGUGGAUGGCUAUGACCAAUCCUCAUGUCCUGGUUUUGGAUGAACCGACCAAUCAUUUGGACAUGGAUUCCAUUGAUGCUCUUGCCUCUGCGUUACGGGAAUUCAAAGGAGGCAUCGCGAUCGUAUCCCACGAUGAGCGAUUCCUGGAUGCCGUGUGCAAUGAAGUUUGGGUAUGCGAUCAGGGCAAAUUGACACGAUUUGAAGGGAAGGUGGGUGAUGGUGCUGGAGUGGUGAACCAAUAUAAAAAGAGUUUGAAGAUUGAGGAAGUGUAG